AUGACGGGGAAAAAGAAAGAGAAUGAGUGGAAUUUAAAAGAUGCACUAAACAAAGUGCUAGUUUGCAAAGUAUUAUUUUGGUUAUACUUAUCUUCUGAGAAGUCAAAGACAUGUAAUAAUAAUAAUAAUAAUAAUAAUAAUAAUAAUAAUAAUAAAAAUAAUAAUAAUUUACUUUAUUCCAAAAACAGUACUUGUGAUACAGAAUGGAAUUUUCAGCAUUAA